AUCGCGGUGAAGAUUAAAACCAGUGCCGCAAAAAUAUCUUAAAACAGAUAUAGCUGUGGAGGAAGCCAAGCAAGAAAGGAAAUAAUGGCGGCGGCCACUUCAAUUCAACCUCGCUUAAUAUCCACCUUCCUUGGAGACUGCCGCUUUCUUCCCUCCCAUUCAAUCCACCGUCUCUUUCGUUUCAAUCCAGGAAGGGAACAUGUUUCAAUGAAAAUGUCAAGGACGUUCUCUGGAUUGACCAAUUUAUUAUUUAACAGAGGCAGAAACAAUGAAGAAUUUGCUGAUAGCAAAAGGCAACGUUUAAAACCCGGUACAGUAUCUCCCACUCGGCCAGUCCCCGAUAACAUACCAAAACCUCCUUAUGUGAAAUCUAGAAAACCACCUGGAAUUGCUAGUGGGCCUGAAAUACACAACGAGAAAGGGAUAGCAUGCAUGAGAGCCUCAGGGAGGCUUGCUGCACAAGUUCUUCAGCAUGCUGGAACUCUAGUGAAGCCAGGCAUCACAACAGAUGAAAUUGACCAAGCAGUUCAUCAAAUGAUUAUUGACAAUGGAGCAUAUCCAUCUCCCCUUGGUUAUGGUGGGUUUCCAAAGAGUGUAUGCACAUCAGUGAAUGAGUGCAUUUGCCAUGGUAUUCCAGAUUCACGGGCCCUUCAGGAUGGUGACAUUAUCAACAUUGAUGUUACAGUUUAUCUUAAUGGUUAUCAUGGUGAUACAUCUGCAACAUUUUUUGUUGGAGAAGUCAGUGAGGAGGCCAUAAGCUUAGUUAAGGUGACCAAAGAAUGCCUUGACAAGGCAAUAUCAAUAUGUGCACCAGGAGUCGAAUUUAAACAAAUUGGCAAGACAAUACAUGACCAUGCAGAUGAACAUGGUUAUGGAGUUGUCCAGCAGUUCGUUGGCCAUGGAGUUGGAAGAGUUUUCCACAGUGCUCCUGUGGUUCUUCAUUACAGGAAUAAUGAUCGUGGACGUAUGGUUCUAAACCAAACCUUCACCAUCGAACCAAUGUUGACACUGGGAAGCAUCAACCCGAUAAUGUGGGACGACGAAUGGACAGUUGUAACAGAGGAUGGCAGCCUCUCAGCUCAGUUCGAGCACACCAUCUUAGUAACCAAGGAUGGCGCAGAGAUAUUAACUCAAUGCUGAUCCAGGCCCCCUUCACCAUAUCUUGAUUGCAGGAGAUCUCGGUAAACAUUGGUGGUAUGCGGUAGAAAACAUUAUUUAUAAAUCUUACUAUUUGUUAUUGUUUAAAUGGUACACAAUUGUACGUUAAUCUGUCAUGUAAAAAUGGUGAGUGUGUCAUGAAAUGGGAACUCAUUUCCCUUGUUUUUCUUGAGCCCCUAAGAUUAGGGCAUCUUCAA